AGCUCUUCGAUGCCCAUGACGUGUGCGAGCAACCGAUCCUUCAACCGGUUUCUAGCGCCCCAAGCGGUCCCAACCCAGGCUUCCCGACAUGGCUCUCUCCAGGUGCCCCACGCGCGCCGAGCUCUCCGCCACCUCCGAGACGGAGAACGCCGAGCUCAUCAAACUGCUCAAGAAGCAUAUCGAGCAACAGAAUAAGCAGAUCGAGCAGCAUAACGAAAUCAUCGAGCUCAUCAAGCACGUCGCCGAAGAAGCGAGCAUCGCGGAGAUGCGCCAGUGCCAGCUAAGAGGCGAGGCGCCGGACGCUUCGAGGAUGAAGAGCAACUACCUCCGAGGCCAGUCCGCGUGGUGGUCGAGAAACGCUCAAACGACCAUCCUCGAGAGACUCUAUGAGAAAGAAAGCGCCGAAAGCAUCGAUCGCUCAGGAAUCGCCUUCGAGAAAAACGAGGAUGAGCGAGCUCGCCGUCGCCAUUUUCUCGCGCACCUGCCCCGAGGAGCCCAUCGAGGCCCCCGGCGUCGACGACGAGCACUGCGCAACUGGCGUGCUCUUCGGGGCGGUCGCGGGGCGGGACUCGCUGGACGCGCUCCCAGGCGACCCGGGGCAGUUGCUGGUCGCGGGCCGUUGGCGGCCAGUGGCCUUCCGCCACCGCCUGCAUGGGCGGCCUGCGGCCCCGCCACCAAGCGGGGGCGCUGGCGCCGAUCGCGUCGCCGGCCCCCGUGGAGCUGCCCCCGCGGCGACGGCGCCGCCGAUGCCGUGCGGGCGCCGACAAGUGGAGGGGCUGCGCGUUCAUGGAGCCGUUCGCCGGGCGCGGCCGUUUCGCCCAGCGCGUUCGGGACGUGGGUCAUGGUCUGGACAUCGCCCGCGCGGCGGCUGGGGAUCACCUCGGCUCCACCUUCUAGUCGGUGGCGCGGGGUGGCUGCUGGCUAAAGCCAUCGUGUGCCUGUGGCUCGGCACACCCUGUACUUCAGGGUCGCAGGCGUUGAAGGGUCCGCCACGUCCCAUGCGUUGUCCCAAGGGCAACCUGGGCUAAGGCAGCCGCUCCUUCCAUUUGUCCUGCCGCCUUAUCCGGCUCUGCGUUCAAAUUGGCUGCCCCGUCUUUUUAAAGAACCUCGGGGCUCGCUCCUCUGGCGCGCUCCAGAAAUUGUUGAGUUGCUCUCCCAUGCGUCGUGCUCCGUGUUCAAGAUGGACAUGCGCCAGCGCCAUUUCGGCAAGGUUGUGUAAAUCGUGCUCCGGCAAAGGUGGCAUCUGCACGUCGUCUGGCCUGUUUCAUUUCAUUUUCCAAGGCUGAGACAAAGGUGCGCCAGCCGGCCGCGCAGAGCUCGCAGCGGUUUGCUCGCCUCCGUGUUCUCGCGCCGCCGCUUCAGCCAUGAUGCAUUCGGCGAAUGCUCUCAGAUAGUAAUGGAUGAUGAAUGCUGCUUUCAAUUUAUAUUGAGAGCGUCACGUAUGUGAUGCAUAACAUCUGUACACGCGCGCGUUGGUCGUACUCGGCCACCUGUCGUGGCCAGGUCUGCUCUGCGGGAUCCGGGUGGCUUCUGGCAGGGUCUUCGAAGGUGUGCGGCUCUCGAUAAGCUCUCAGGUGUACAGUUCCCGGUCUGCCGUGGCCUCGCCUGCCGCGCUCGUCCCCGUAGUAGAUAGGCAAUGUCCUGGCAUCUGGAGAGUGGUAGUUGCUGGUCCUUUUUGUAAGUGCGUGCUGCGUCUCACGGCGAGAGUGCCGCACUUGAUGGGCAUCCGUGGCCAUCUCGUUCAAGCUUCCCCUCCCGCUCCACCCUUGCCAUUUUUGUUGUUGUUCUCUCUCUCUCUCUCUCUUUCGUCCUCUCUCUCUCUCUCUCUCUCUCUUUCUUUCUAAAUUGUACGAUCUUGCCAUGAAGCUGUUGGCAUUGUCUUUGGAGGUGUGCGGCUCACACCGGGAUCAACUCUCAGGUGUAUAGUUCCCGGUCUGCCGUGGCCUCGCCCUGCCGCGCUCGUCCCCAU